AUGUAUGUGAAAUGGUUUGAUACAGGAAUGUUAUACUAUGUGAUUUUAGUGAUUUUAGUGAAUGUCACUUUUUGUCAUUUUCAAAUUUCCCGCCGUUCCGUCCCCCGUACGUCCCGACGCUCGCAGGGACCGGAACCCGGAAGACAGAUGCUGGCAUCCGCCGGAUUACAUUGCCAGGGACACUGCAGGAGGGACAUCGCGGGAGCGCAGGACAAGGUAAGUGAUCGAGGGAUCGCAGAGCAGCGCCACAUGGUAUUCCCAAGUAUAGCUCGGGGUUACCGCUUGUGCUACACUCGGGAAUACCGCCAAGGAGGU